AUGCCGGCGGGCACCCUUCCAUACCUGGCCAAACGCGCUGCAUCGUUGGGUGAAGUCGGGCUAACCGCCCAAACCGUAGAAGAGAUACUCGACGAUAUUGGGUUGUUCUACGUCGACCUCGCGCUUUUCUUUGUCGCAGCAGACGAUCCAGAUGCUGCUGCAUUAUACAACACCCGAUCACAUUCUGUACGGCAGUGA